AUGAAUUCCAAAGAUUACAGUAUUUAUUUGAAUAUAUUUCAUAGUUCAUAGAAUGCUAUACUUAAGUCAACUUAAAAAGGAUUAUUUAGAAUAAUGCUUAUCUAAAGAAUAAGAGCCAGAUUAUGAAUUGAUCCAUGUUAUUUCCAUUAUUGAAUCAAAUCAAAACUCAAAUUUAGAUUUAACUCUAGUGAAAGCAACAUCACUUCUAUUGAUUCUGCCAUUACUUAAGGUAAAAUUAUGCUAUUAUCGGUCAAGGCAGUGUCAAAAUCAAAUUGACUAAAUUACCAUCACAUCCCAAUAAGCCCAAUAAUUGAAAGACAUCCUUCCAUAGUUCAUUGAAGAAAGCAAUCUUGACAUUUAAAUACGCAAAAAGAUUCCUCAAUUAGAUCUAAAUUAAAUCAAUUCAUCUACAAACAAUAUGAUUUAAUCUUCUUAAAGAUUAAACAAACUAUAAAAAUCACCAUCACAAUAUUAAUUCAAUACUGAUCGUUUAUAAAAUCCUUAAAGUACAACAAGAAUUAAAAAAUAAUUAUUAUCAACUGGUUUAAAUCAUUAAACUUAACCAAAAUCACCUAACACAAAAAUAGUUAAUAUCAAAUUGAAAAAAUAACAUACAGAAAUAGUAGGAAAAUCAUUAACACAUAAAAAAAGAUUAUAAUUAUAAUCUCAUGAAGAUAUAAAUAGAAAAGUUAGUUCUCAUAGUUUUACUAAACAUAAAAAUACUAGUAGUUCACCAAUUAAUGAAACCACUAAUAUUUAAAGAUAAAUAAGUUAAUAUGCAAGUGGUUAACCCUAAUUAAAACCUAAUUCCUCAGGUGCUAAUAUCCAAAUCAAAACCAUAUUAGAAUCUUAAUAAAGUUAAAAAACACUUAAUACUGUUAAUUCUAAUGAUUAAAAUGCUGAUAUUUCUAUCCAUUUAAAAAAUCUAAUCAGUUUUUGCAAUUAAUCAAUUUUAAAAAAGAAUUAAGAAUGCUAUAGUUCUAAGAAGGACUUAUCAACACAAUAAACCAAUUCUAGUGUCUUAUAAGCAAAAGAAAACAACAAAGAAAAUGCUUAACCAACUAAAAAAUCAACUCCUUUAUUAAAAGCAACUGAACAUACUAUGAUUAAAUUAACUGAAUUAACAGAAGAAGAUAAUCCUGAAACAGCUAGAUUUAAUUCUGAAGAUGAUGUUCGUAAAUUGACUAAUUUCAAUAGUAAAGGAUUAUAAAAGUUACUCUAAUCAAAAACAAAUUAAUUGUCCGAAUAGAGCUCAACAUAAUCAUUACUUUCAUUAUUUUCAAGAAAAUGA